UGUCUGAACGCAGCAUCUCCUCCCGCUCAGGCAGGAGCGUCAGCCCUGUGUUUUGCUCCAGAUCCAGCUGUGUAUGUGGGCGUGUGUACGAGAGUGAGUGUCAGCGGGGAGAUCAGCUGCUAUCCCUGCUCUCUUCCUAAUGUCACAGUUUAACUCAGCUGCUUGAAACACCGGCUGCGGCUAUGGGAGCCUUUGGAUUGAUCAUGAGGAUUUUACAGUACGCGGGACUUUACGUUCAACUUAACGCGGGUCUGCGUGACGGAUAUGUAAAGGUGGAUAAUCGCAUCUCUGGAAAUGCUCUGUUUACAGAGGUUCCUCAUGACGUUACGGCACAGAUCGGUGAAGACGUGGAGAUGGCUUGCUCCUUCCAUGGGGCAGGCUCUCCCUCAUUCUCCCUGGAGAUCCAGUGGUGGUACAUCAGGAACCACAAAGACUCACAAGGGUUGGCCUCACAAAUCUCUAACACAGUUGGGACUCUCGAGGAAAUGCCGAAAGAUGCCACCAAAAUUAGUGUGGUAAAAGUGGCUGGUAGCAACAUCUCCCACAAACUCCGUCUCUCCGGUGUGAAACCAGCAGACGAGGGCACCUAUGAGUGCCACGUCAUCGACCACAGCGGCCCUGUGGAGCAGCGCUACCGUGUCCAGGCCUACCUCCGAGUGGAGCCAGACAGGCUUCAGGAGUCUGAUGGUGCUCAGCUUCAGGAACUCGAACACCCCUCAAGGGGGAGUCGCUCGCAGCAGAACAACGACCGGGAACUGAGGAAGAGAUCCGCUCACGCUAUUCCUGACUGCAGGGGGCGCUGUGUCCUUUAGAGUGGGAAUUCUGUCUGUCUGCAUGUUCAUGGGUUUCCUCUGUUAAAACCACCAGUGUGUAUUGGUUACCACACUAGUGGCUCUUUAUUUCUUGAAGGAUAUUCUGUGCUUAAUGAUUUGACUUUUUGCUUUAUCUUAUUGCUUGGAAGCCAGUGUUGGUGGAUGUUAUUUAAAGGGUUUUGUGUACCAGUACAUUUUCUGUUCUUAUUGUUCUUUCUUUAUUUCUAUGUGCUUUUUGCUUUAAAAUUAUGUAACUGCUAGCAACUGCAAGUAAUGAAUAAAGUGAACUUUUUUCUGUUAUUUUAUGAUAAAAAAAAAACAGCAAUGCAGAAAUUAUUAAUGCAUUUGCAGGAAAUGGAGUUGGAACCAGGUUUUUUGGGUUUUUACCUUUUACUUAAGUUGUCUUUAACUGACACACAACAGGAUUAUCAGUGUUAUUGUAAAAAUGCUUUAAAAAAGAAAGCAUAUUUAUUUUUGUUCUUCUGGAAACUAAGAAUGAGUCACAGUCAAUUUAGAGUAAACAGUAUAUCGUUUGACUUUAAACCAUGUGUCCUCUAAUCACCUCGGGUUUUAAGAUUUGUUUCUACAUAUCAAGCUGACCAUAAGCACUUUACUGUUAGUAAUGUUAUAGCUGCCAUUAUUCACAGUAUCAAUUUGUGUCUCCACUUUAACAGAGCAUGUAAUUUUAUGCUCGACUUGAAUUGUGUUAUUUGUGCAGCUGUUAUUUUUUCUGUAAAUGCAUUAUUCAAAUGUUAUGUUCUCUUCUUGUUUGGUGAUCUUGCUUGGUUCCUGAUUAAUUAAAUGAUCAAUAAGAAAUUACAGGCCAGAAGAUAGCUAUCUAACAUUUUUAUAUCCUUGACUCAACAACCAAAACGCAUCUAUUGUUGAGGGUUACGGAUAGACUCUAUGGGAAGAAAAUAGUGACAGAAAUCUUGAAUGUAAAUGAAUUGCUCAAUUAGUGGCUAAUAAAGGCACCCUCUUUUAUCUGCUUUG